UCAAUCUUCACGGUUUGCUGAGUUGGUAGCUGAUAUUGAAUGCACUCCUCACAUGUCACAGGCAAGGCAACUCUCCGUGUCGGCAGUGGGAACGAUAAUGGCGGCCUGGUGGGUUCGUUACUCAGUUAAAGUUGCAAUUCUUCUCCAACUCUUCUCCUCCUUGUCAAUUUUCAGAGUCCCAUGUACAGAAAAGCACGGUCAUUUUGACCCUAUUUUCGCCAUUCCCAGUUACAGAGAACAAUGAAGCCUCUGCGAGUGGGUAUAUGGUGGUUUUGGUUAUAUGGGUCCUUGCUUAUUGUUCUCUCCAUAUAUGCUACCCGCAAGCUACGUACCUUCACUUCAGGAUGCGAUCACUAAGACCCGGUUUUAAUUCGGAUAGGACUCGAUGGAUUUACACAAUCCAAAGAUCACUGUAUUCUCUGCUACUACCUCCAUUGGUCCAAAACAAAGCCUUGCUAUUCGUUCAUGGCUUGGUUUGUCUCCUCAAAUUACAGUUGUUCUGUUUAGCCAACACCCUUCUAUUCGUUCUUUCGCCUCGGGGUUUGGCCCACGAGUUUUAGUUGAUUCCGCCAUUGAUUUCACGUUCCUUGGGACGCCAUUCUUUCAUUCCAUGGUGGAAAGAUCACACGCAUUCGAUACAGAUAUUAUUGUCUUUGUAGAUUCACAAACCGUUCUUCUGCCUGAUCUUGUUCCCACGUUGAGUUUUGCUCACAAGCUCGACCGUAACUGGCUUCUUGCGGCUUCAUUACAAGACACUUCAUUCUUCCCAUUCAAACUGGGUGGUGACGGCCAACAUUGGCUUAGAGAAAAUGGCAGAAGGUUGGAACUUGAUGAGGGUUUGCCUGUUUUCCAUGAUCCAUCGGCACCAAGUAACAUCAGCUUCAAUGAUUGCCACUUCGGAACAAAAUGCUUCCAGAAGGUCACAAAAGUAAAAUCCAGAAUUGUUCUGCAGAUACUGAAGAUGGGUUACAAUGUACUUCUCAGUGAUGUAGAUGUCUACUGGUUCGAGAACCCACUUCAAUAUGUUCGCUCAUUCGGUCCGACCACCCUUGUUGCUCAGUCAGACGAAUACAACCAAACAGGACCUAUAAACUUGCCUAGACGUCUGAACUCUGGCUUCUACUUUGCUCGUUCUAAUGCUCCAACUAUUGCUGCUAUCGAAAAGGUAGUGAAUCAUGCAUCCACAUCAACCCUUUCUGAGCAGCCAAGCUUCUAUGAUAUGCUGUCUGGAACCGACGUAUUCGAACUGGGGGAUUGCAGGCUGGCAGAAAUGGUAACGGGUUAUUGUUGCUUGCUGGACAGUGGGAAAAAGUCCAGAAGAAGAAAGCAUGAGCUAACAACAGAGGAAUUAACAGGCGGUGGAGUUUCAGUUUCAUUAGAAUUCAGUGCCAACUCCAAUGACGUUUCUGUGAGGAUAGUUCAUCCAGGGGGGAAAGAGGAGAGUUUCCAGUAUGCUCUUUCAGCACAGCAAGUCAUGGAGAAGUACCCAGGGACUCAUGUCGCCAGGCAAGAUGUUUUCCAGAAUCCUGAAGAUUCCAUUCUGUGGCCAGAAGAGAAUCUGUUGCCUGGCAACAAGUACCUGAUCAUUCCAUCAACCACAGCCGAGAAACUGAAGCAUCACAGAAAACAUCAUCGUCAUCAUGGGACGACGACAAAAGAAAGGUUGGAACUUUGUGACACUAAAGACACCAGAUCUGGUGCGAACAUAACUUGGGAUGAACAAGAUAUUUCGGAGGAGGAGAAUGUCUGUCGUGCAAGAGAUUUCUAUGCUUCAAAGGAUAUGUGGUCGAGGUGUUCGGAGAGGAAGACAAGGAACGUGAGGUCUAGAAAAAGACAACCUUUCAUCCCUCCUCUUCCGAGGUCGAGGAGUUUCAAAGGUUUGAGCUGGGAGCCUAGUCUUACUUCUGUACAGGAGCUCUCUCCAUGA